AUGCCUAUUUACAGCCAAACGGAAGACGGCGCUUUACAAAAGAAUAAAUCAUCGCUAAACGAUAUCGGAAAUAUACUUGACAAUUCUCAUGCUCGAGUUUGGAAGCCUGAGAUUGCGAUGAGUGGAAAUGAUUACAAAAGACUGGAACGUUUAUACGGGGACUCCGUCAUCCGCAUUAACGACCUCAUUCGUCAUCUGGAACGAGCGGAAAGCGAAUUAAUGGACAAGGAGAAGCAACUAGAUCUGCACUUGCGCCAAAUCCAUGCGCUUUCCAUGGAUAACAAAAGGAUUACCAACGAACUGAAACAGGAGAGGGAAACACACGAUAAAGAAUACUUAAAUUGGACGGAAACGAGAGAAAAGUUGGAGAAAAAAAUCGACCAUCUGAAUCAAACACUGCAUAACCUUCUACAGAACAACAAGUCACUUGAGCAGAUACAGACAGAUAACAUAUCGCUCCAUGUCGAUGAUCUCUCACGCUGUAAAUUAGAAGUGGAUAGGCUGACCAACAAAAUCACAAUCCUGGAAAAAGAAAACCAAUUAGAAGCGCAUUCAAAGGUUCUGAUUAUCGAGGAGCUUGAAAUGUGCAAGCUGAGAUUUAGUGAGCUCGAAGAAAGAUACGAAAAGCUCAAGGAUGAAUACGCUGAACUACUGGCUGAAUUGAGCAUGGAUUCCACAUCCGAGAUUCGACUGAACGAGGCUUCAGAUUUAGUGACGGACGAUCUUAAAGCAACAUUAGCUGACGAACUUCAGGAAUUAGGCAUGCAUCCAGUCGUUGGCUCAAGAAAGAGUAGCCAACGACAAACAAGCUUCAAUUUCGUUCUUAAUAAUAUCGAACGAGACAGCAUAGAGAGGAAGCAUUCACAAGAGCUUACAAGAAUGAGUUUCCAGAUAAAAUCUCUGGAACUGCAGAAUGAAAAACUUCACUCGUACAUCGGUUUCUUGCUUCAGCACAUACCUCGCGAAGAAGCUGAUGGCGUUGCGAUCUACAAAGAUCAGCUGGAUUAUGAAUACUCGGAUGAGAUCAAUAUUUUGAACGCAAAAAAGACCUUGAAGAAAGUGAUCAGAAGCGCUUCUGCUUUACCUAUCAGGCCGCAAACAUAUAAUACGACCCACCCUAAUUUUGACGAUUUGGAAGGGCCCUUUGGACGCCGAAGUUCGUUCUCUGAAAUGCUCGAACGCAAAAAUAGGCUAUCGUACAACACAAACACGUCGCUGAGCGAUCAAGACAACAUUUUUGAUUCAUCACAUCAGGUCGAAGAUGUCGAAUACGUGGAACUUGGAGAUUCAGAUUUUACAAUCUCUGAGGCAGAUUUUGAAGAAGAGGGUUUGAGCAACAACGAAUCAUUGAAUGUGUCUUUCACGGUGGAUCUUACACCAUCGUUGAAUAUCAAAAAACGAAAAAAGUCUAAGCUUUUCAAACGGACUCCUAAGAAGCAAAUAGAGAAACUGACCAUGUUUGGAUCUCCAUCGUCAGGCGAUCCUUCUUCGACUCUCGUUGGGCGCCCAUCAAUAAAAGGUUUGCGCAAGUAUGCAUCCGGCCUAGAGCUGAUUGGUGAGGACGAGAAGGAGGAUGAACAUAAAAAAGACUAUGAUAAUAUCCUGUAUGAUUAUGCGAGGUGCGAGGAUGACGAUUUUGUCAGAAUUGAGGUGACCGCGGAGGAGCUGAACAUGUUUCGUAUUCAAUUCAGAAAACUAUUGUGCCCAAAACACUUCAUAAUUCAAUGCUGUUGUGAGGAAAAUAGCCUAUCUAGGCAGGAAUUCAUCCGCAGAUUGUUCUGCUCGCUUGGUUGGCCGACUACAAAACAGAAAGUACCUGAAGCCGAGGUAUUUGUGAUCGAUUAA